ACCGCAAGCAUUUUCAUUUUAUAAACUAUGAAUUCAUAAAUAGUACGCGCAAACUUUCAUUUCUUUCUCCGUGUCCCUCUGAGCACCAGUCCCAUCAAUUCUCUGUCUCUACAAUCUCUGAACUCCUCCAGGACCUCAAUAAUAUUAGCAAUUGAUUUUAUUGGUAUAUUAUUGUUAUCAUCAAGAAAUCUCUCCGAAAAUCUUUGAGGAGAUAAAGAUCAAAGAUACACACUCAGUUUGUGAAUAUGAUGAUGUUUGAGGAGAUGGGGUUCUGUGGGGAUCUUGAUUUCUCCCCCACUCCAGUGAAGGCACCAGUUGCUCAGCCAAACAGAUCCUUAGAGCCGGUUGUCGAGGACGAUUACAGUGAUGAAGAGAUUGAUGUGGAUGAACUGGAGAGGAGGAUGUGGCGUGACAAGAUGAAACUCAAGAGGCUGAAAGAGAUGAACAAGAACAACGAAGGUGGCGGUGGCGGGGUAGUGGACACUGCGAAGAACCGCCAGUCCCAAGAACAGGCGAGGAGGAAGAAGAUGUCUCGUGCCCAGGACGGGAUCUUGAAGUACAUGCUGAAGAUGAUGGAAGUGUGUAAAGCUCAAGGAUUUGUCUAUGGGAUAAUCCCGGAGAAAGGGAAGCCAGUGAGUGGUGCCUCUGACAAUCUCCGGGAAUGGUGGAAGGACAAGGUGAGGUUUGACCGGAACGGUCCGGCUGCUAUAGCGAAGUAUAAAUCCGAAAAUGCAAUCCCUGGUCAGACCGAGGGGGUUGAACCGGUUGGCCCGACACCUCACACGCUACAGGAGCUGCAGGACACCACCCUCGGUUCGCUGUUAUCAGCUCUGAUGCAGCAUUGUGAGCCCCCACAAAGGCGGUUUCCUUUGGAGAAGGGUGUUCCACCUCCGUGGUGGCCCACGGGGAAUGAGGACUGGUGGCCUCAAUUAGGUUUGCAUAAAGAGAAUGGCCCCCCACCUUACAAGAAGCCUCAUGAUCUGAAGAAGGCGUGGAAGGUCGGUGUCCUAACCGCCGUGAUCAAACAUAUGCACCCCGACAUUGCCAAGAUCCGGAAGCUCGUCCGCCAGUCCAAGUGCUUGCAAGACAAGAUGACUGCCAAGGAAAGUGCCACCUGGCUUUCUAUUAUCAACCAAGAGGAGUCCUUGGCCCGUGAGCUCUAUCCUGACCGCUGUCCACCCUUGUUGUCUUCACCGGGCGGCAGUGGGGCGUUCACCUUGACCGACACUGGCGAGUACGAUGUUGUCGAUGACCAAUCGAACAUGGAGAAUUUCCAAGACCAGAAACCAAAUAAUCUCCAUGGUUUCUUAGAUUUCUCAAGAAAGAGGAAGGCGGGCAAUGACCCGCCUACCCUUAUGGAUCAAAACAUCUAUACGUGUGAUGCCCUUCUCUGUCCCCGUAGCGAGAUCCAUCUCGGGUUUCCGGAGAGAUCUGCCAGAGACAACCAUCAACUAUCUUGCCCUUUCCAUUCUGCUCAAUUCGGUGUGCCACAGUUCCAUAUUAACCAACAAGUCAAGCCUGGACCUGUUUACUCUCAACAGGUUGUUCAACCUAAAAUCCCCGAUCUUUCGGGUCUUGGUGUUCCUGAAGACGGGCAAAGGACGAUCACCGAUCUUAUGUCAUUUUAUGACACAAACAUUCAAGCUAAAGAGCAGCAAACUAUUGAGCAAGCUGACAACAAGUUCCUCCAAAACCAAGGAGCCAAUAUGAAGGGAAUGAUGUAUGAGGACUGUCACCGUCCAGACCAGAUGGUUUCAACGGGUGAUCGACUUAACCAUUGCGAUAAGUCUUUGAAUGCUCCACCUGUUGGUUCAUUCUUUAAUAACAGCUGCUCAAAUGAGACAUUCCCAUUCAUGUUUGGCUCUCUAUUCAAUCUACAAGCCACUGACUAUGCGGAAGCUUUACCCGGGAUUGCUCGGGAUGCCAUGUUACCGAAGAAGGAUGUCCCUAUUUGGUAUUAGCAUAUAAAGUCUGCAGCGCGCGUGUGAUUAUAUAUUAUAUUUGGAUCAAUUUAUUCAUCAUAUUGUUGUCUCUGCCAUGUUGUACUGGUGAAACUUGAAAGGGCUAUGAUGCAAAAGUAUUAGUACAGCCUGUGCUCAGUACCAGUAUUGUGUCUUUUGUUAUGGCUAUAUGGAUUCGGCCGGAUGGUGCAGCCUUUGUUGUUUUAUUGAUGCAAAUUAUUAUUAGUCCAUUUUCUGGAAUGGAUGACAAAUAAUAAUGCUUUGAUAUAAAUUAAGUUUGUGCUGAGUUUUCAAUGGGUGGUAGCAUGUUUUGUUAGUAACUUAUAAUCCCUGCCCUUUUGUUAGUAUUUGGUAAUCCUGCCUUUGUGAGAUAAUUUUUGGUUUCAAGAAUUUACCGUUGACAUUAAGAGCAUUGAGAUUAAGCUGCAAAAUGAGAAAAGUGUCAGCUCAGCACAUUAAGUUGUACACAAUAGCGUAAAGAGUACAUUAAAUUGUAAUCGAGAUUUAAAGGUACAUAAACUCGAGAUUUUAAUGUCAAAUUAGUACAAGUUUGAGUUUAAUGUAAAAAAAAGAGUUGAUGUGGCAAUUAAUUACCGUUUCUUUAAUAAAUAA